AUGGCAAAGAUGAACGGGUUGGCGCUGAGCUUCGUUAUGGGGGGUGUCAUGGCCAACCAGGCCGGCUGGCUGGAUACCUUCCCGCACGAGCGGAUUUUGGAGACAUCGCACGAGGAUACGCCUCUUGUCGUCGAUGUCGGCGGCAACAUUGGACAUGACAUGGAACGCUUCCGUCAGGCGCACAGUGAAACCGCCAGCCGACUCUACCUGCAGGACCGACCCGAGGUCGUCAAGCUGUCCAAAUGUCCGGAUCCUGUGAACAAGAUGGACUACGACUUCUUCACUCCGCAGCCGAUCAAGGGAUCUCGGGUUUACUACAUGCACGGUGUGCUCCAUGACUGGUCUGACGAACCGGCUCGCAAGAUCCUCGCUAUGCAGAGAGAUGCCAUGACACCGGGAUAUGGUACGCUGUUAACCCACGAUUAUAUUGCACCCCGGGCGUUCGCGCACCCUCAUACCACUGCGUACGAUCUGACCAUGAUGCUUAUGGUGGCUGGCGCGGAGCGGACUGAGAUGCAGUGUUUGGGCAUGUGGAGUAAGCCGCCGGCCCGCUCCCGGACGGAAGACUCGGUGGAUCUUUUCCACUACGACGACCUUUAA